AUGCGUUGCAGCGCGUCUACGCAGCAACUCCUCGAUGAGCUCGCCGCGCGAGAGCGACGAGUCCUGCAGCAGUUGCGCGAUCUCUCCGGUGUGAAGGUGUCCCCAAUCGCACCUAGCCGGCCCUGCGCAAGCUUGUCGAUGACCCCGGAGCGACUUAACGCCGCUUCAACACACCCGGCAUCGUCGACACCCCUACCGCAACUGCUUCCCUCUCCUUUGGCUACCACCGAGCACGAGGAGUAUCAAGUGAAGACGCCGUCAUGGUGCCAGCAGGGCAGCUGCCACCAUGACGUCCACCACCCCCCUCGUGGGACUGUGGGCAACCUGGAGCGAGACCUUCAGCGACUUCAGUACCUACUGCGGCACAGUUCGCUGACGGGGACGCAGGCAGCGAUUGCGGACGCAGGCGACGAGAACGGCUCUGAGGCGACCAACGCACAACAGUCGCAGCAGCAUCUCUCGAUGACGCACAGAGACGACGGCGCUGCAGUGGCACGUGAGAAGAGGACACGCGAAGCGCGGCGGCCCAACUUGAGUGCAUCCCCGGUGACGCCGGAGGUGAAGCGCGACCGACGAGAGAUGGAGGCCUACUACGCUCCACCGCCGCCUCUGACGCCUCUUCCAUCGCACGCAGAGGCGUCUCUGCAGCAUUCAGGCGGCGGCUCAACCUCUCCAGCGCGAUGCAGUGCGGUGCUCAGCAUGGACGAUGAGCCCCGCGACGAGGCUGUGGCGCUCGCCAGUGACGCUCUAGCACACUUCUCUCACGUCGCUGCGGGGUUGGUAACCAGCGGUGUAGAAAACCCGUUUAGAAGGGCGAAUACGACUAUGUUUCCUGGACGGUGCUCAGCAAAGACUGUAGGCGGCUUGCAAGCAAGCCCCUACCGUGAGCCAGACGACACGGUGCCGAGAGAGGCACACAAUCGGCAGGGCGUCACCUCUGCCGUGGUCCCCUCGACUGGUGAGUGGCGACGCUCUCCGGUGCGGUGGUUUUCUUCUUUUGCCCCCACGGCGACUUCAAUUUCGAAGGACGCGCCCCGAUGCGAGUGGCGCGAGGAAGGGGAGGAGGAGGUGACGAUGCUCUGUGCGUCUGCGUUGGACACAUGGGCUGCGCAUCGCUCGGCGCAUCGCGUGCCUCACGAGACAGCCAGUUUCGACUCGGCUUCCAUUGCGACCUCUCCACCGCCGGCGAGGACAUCUCGGGAUUCACGUCCACCUGUGUCGCCUUCUCGUCCCGGAGAGCUAUCGGAUAUCCACGCAACUCCGCACCCAGCCCUGCCGAGCACCAACUCGCCCCCACGCGUACCAGCGCGGUCCCCGUCUCCCUUUGGCGAAACCUGUCAACUCGCCGUUUCCACUGCCGGUCUCACCUUCCUCACACCUACCCUUGACGAGGACGGAGCUGCGCAGCCCUUUGCUGCCACGUUACGGGCGCAAGCUGCAACGCCGCAAGAGACUUUGCACAGCGCUAACGGCCAACACGGCUGCAGAGUAUCGGUGGAGCCUCAGACUUCGUGCGUUGCAUCCGCCUUGCCGAGCGGUGCCAUGCGAACCACCUCGUCUACGCUGAAGGCGUUCUACGCCCGACAGUCCAGCGCCGGCGCCCUAAUGACACCGUCGUGGGAAGAGGCUACCCGGUAG